AUGCCUCAUCAAAAGACCACGCUUCCAGUCCUUCGGGGUACCACUACAUCGGAGUCAGCUAUCGGAGAGGAGGAAGAUAUGUUCCUUGACUUGGACUAUCCUGAGCAACGAAUAGAGCUUUUUGUGUUGUUGUACGGCAAUCGUGGAGAUAUCGAGGACUGUGCCAUAUCACCUUGGCCUAAGUCGGUCAGAGACCUGCCGGCUUGGAGACGUAAACGAAGGGGUACAGGGCAGCUUCAACGGGAAUCCAAAUACCCCGGCAAUGUGGACGAAAAGCUCCGCUGCGAAGCUGCAGCUUCCAUUUGGAUAAAAGAGCAUUGCCCAGAGCUUCCAACGCCUCAGCUAUGGGGCUUUGAACUUUUGGUGGCCAAAGUGCAUCAGAGUUCAACUGAUUACCACCUCUAUCUUUUCUAA